UGGUAGUCAGUCAGUCAGUCAGUCAGUCAGUCAGCUCAUCAAUCAGUCGCUUAGUAAGUUAGUUAUUCGAUCGAUCGAACUUUGUAUAAUUCAGUGCGUGAUAAACAAGAUAUAAUUGAUAUUUCAUAAUAUAGUGUAUAAACAGCGAUAGUAGAAGAAGUCAACCAUUGACGUGAUACAUGAUGUAAGGAAGAAACGGAAAGACUACGAUUGUCGUCUGCGAGAACUCUCGAGAUCUCUCUCAGUUUCCCAAGUACAAGCAAACGAGAGAGCUUUUGCGAAGGAAGGUGACGAUUCUUUCGCACGACAUGCAGAUUCGCGCUGACUUCCAGUCGAAAGAUAGACGAUAACACACGUGAAGUUUUUGAAUUCACGUGACCGCGUUGCAUCGCGUCGCGUUCACACUUCCGGGACGACAGCAUCGCGAAGACAGAAUGAAGCUCGACCUCUUCGUCACGUGCGUCACGAUUCUGCCGGUAAUAUUGAUUAUCUCGACGUGCAGGAUAAACGCCUUCACAAUUGACAGCAAGAAAGUAAUCAACAACUCGUACGAUUAUGCCGAAGUCACAAAGCUUUCGUUAUUGUUUUUUGAGGCGCAGCGUUCUGGAAAAUUGCCGAAAGACAACAGAAUCCCAUGGCGAGGCGAUUCUGCAUUGAAUGACUGUGGUUCGAACCACGAAGACCUAAGCGGAGGAUAUUACGAUGCUGCUGAUUUUGUAAAGUUCAGCUUUACAAUGGCUUUCACGACGACAAUUUUGUCCUGGGGAGUGAUCAGUUGGCCGGAGGCUUAUGUCGCCGCCAAUCAAUCGGACGAAAUCCUCAAAACCAUCAAAUGGGCUACCGAUUACUUCAUCAAAUGUCACGUAAGCAAGAACGUACUGUAUGGACAAGUGGGCGAUUUUACGUCCGAUCAAAUGUAUUGGGGGAGACCCGAGGAGAUGAACAUGUGCAGACCAGCCUACAAAAUUGAUGCAGAGCAUCCUGGUUCUGAUCUCGCCGGCGAAACGGCAGCUGCUCUGGCAGCUUCGAGCAUUGUUUUCAAGAACGUCGAUCUCGAAUACAGCAUCAGGUGUCUCAAGCAUGCGAUAGAACUUUACGAAUUUGCCGAUACUUAUCGCGGAUUUUAUCUUGACGCGAUAUCCAACGCAAAAGACUUUUUCAAGAGCGAGGAUUACGGUGAUGAGCUGGCUUGGGCUGCUCUUUGGCUCUCAUGGGCGUCCAGAGACCCCAAGUAUCUCGAAUAUGCCUUCCAUCACUACCAGAAUUUCAACCUCGACAAGAGACCGAAUGAAUUCUUCUACAACAAUAAGGUCGCCGGAGUUCAGGUGUUGUUGGCGCAAUUGGGAGAACAAAGCGAGCAUCAGAAAGCCGCUCGUGCCUUUUGCGAUUUCUCGGUGCAAAAACAGAAACGCACGCCCAAGGGUCUUUUAUUUAUCAACAAGACCGGCACUCUUAGUCACGCUGCUAAUGUAGCCUUCUUAUGCUUGGAAGCAGCUGAUUCUAAAAUUGGCGAUUUGCAAUUAUAUCGCCAAUUUGCCAAAGAACAGAUUGAUUACAUACUGGGUUCAACCGGAAAAAGUUACGUGGUCGGAUACGGUGAGAAUUCACCGAAACAGCCGCUUCACGCUGCGUCUUCUUGCCCGGAUAGACCAGCGCCAUGCGGAUGGGCGGAUUUUGACAAGAACGAGUCGAAUCCGCAGAUUCUCUACGGUGCAUUAGUUUCUGGACCGAACGAAAAUGACAAGUUCCACGAUCAGAGAGAGGAGGACCUUUACACGGAGGUUUUGAUCAACUAUAACGCCGGUUUCACUAGUGCGCUCGUCGGACUGUUACAGCUGCAAUUGAAAGACGAAUUGUAAUCAUAAUUUUAUGUCAUUUUAAAAUAAUGAUAACGUUACAGUUUAAAUAACAACGCUUUUCAAGACGUUGGAAUAAAAACAUGUUUGAGAUUAGAGGAGUCAUCGAUCUAUUAUGACUGCUAUAUUUGAAGACUCAUCGAAGGAAAAUUAAUUUGAUAAAGCUGUAAUUUAUUGUGUUUAAAACAAUUAAACGAGCGUUUUUGCUGUGUGUAAAAUUCUUUUGUGAAAUAGAAUAUUCGUCAAUGUAAAAAUAUGUAUGUAAUUUAAUUUUACUUGUAAUAUUAAUUUUAUAUUGUUUUAAAACGAGGAUAAUGUUACAUCACAAUGCUUUCCAAGGAGUUGCAUUAAAAAUAUGCCCACAAUUAAAUGAAAGGAAUCAUCGAUCGUAGUUCACUACGAUGGCUGUAACGACCUAUAAGCAAAAAUAUAGAAAAAAAACAGAGGCUAAACAGUUUUCGGAAAAAAUGAACAUAUAUCUAUACAUAAAUAAUAGACGAAAUAUAAUAUUGCUUUAGAAAAGA